AUGUCGACCUUGGCCAGCCAAUUUCCUGAAGAUUUGAUUUUUGAAGUGCUUGUUAAGCUCCCAGUGAAAUCGCUACAGAGAUUUAAAUGCGUAUGCCGAUCAUGGAAAACUCUAAUCGACAGCAACUAUUUCAUCAAUGUACACCUAAAAUCGUCCAAAGAAAUAGGUGCAGACAAUCCCAAAAUUCUAUUGUUGACAGAUUCUAAACGACGACGGUGUAGUAGUCCACCCUUCUUCCACAUUGUAGAUGUGGAUUCACCGCCGGGCAGUAAUCAGAUGAGAUCCACCGUGUUGAUACCACCAGAGAGCUAUUUCGGUUUACGUUGGUCUAGAAUCCACGGUUGCUGCAAUGGCCUGGUUUGCUUGAACAACUGGAGUUGUGAGCUGGUGUUGUGGAAUCCAACCAUUCGCAAGUAUUGGGAGUUACCUGCUCCAAAUAGGGAUGAACGUCCUCGUUCUAACACAAAACAUCGUGUGCACCGGGUAUUGCGGAUGUGCGGUUUCGGACAUGACGAUGUCGAGGAUGGCUACAAGAUUGUAAGGGUGGUUGAGUUCCAUAUGCUGAUUAACGACUCCUUCCAUUCUUCUUCAAACCACCAGAGCGUUCAACUUUAUAGCACCAGAUCCAAUUCCUGGAGGCCAUUACCACGAUUCCCUUAUUUUAUUGGGAAAUAUAAUGGACUGUCUGGGGAGGCCAAAAUGGUUCAUCAUUCUCUCCAUUGGAUCAUGGAGGAGGAUGACAAACAUUUUGUCAUUGUGGCUUUCCAUCUCAAUGCCGAGACGAUCACAUUGGUUCCACAACCACCUUCCCCCAUUGAUGAUGAUGAUGAUGAUGAUGAUGAUUAUAAUGAUUUUGAUUAUCUAUUACCAUUUAGAAAGGAUCCUCCAAAUUUGGACUUUAGUUUGAUGCGUUAUCUGAUUCUUGUAUCAUAUUCGGGUAGCUACAACAGAAGGACAGGUAGCCAAAUCUACUUUUAUGACGACAGGUUUAUCUAUGCUUACGACACAAACACACAUUCAGCUCGGAGAUCAAUGGUCCGGCCUCCUUACACUUGGAUGUCAAACUUGGCAAUUAGGAGAAAUGCAUAUCCCUUGCCUAGUAGAAUGAGGAUUAGUGUAUUCGGGUAUGAGUCAUUAGUGUACAAAAAAGAACACAGGUAUUAA